AUGACAAUGAAUCGUGAAAUCUCCUCUACUGUUUCUGGAUCUGUAUACAUUCUUAUACGAGAUUUUGAUAGGAUCUCGCCUACAGGAGGAAGAUCCGGAAUGGCAACGGAGGUUGGAGAGAUGUCUCCGCCGGAGGCGACGGCGAGUCUGCUCUCUCUCGCUUCCGCCUCUCAGCAACCGUACGUUUCCGAGCUCCUCUCCUUCACUCUUGAUCGUCUCCACAAGGAACCGGAGCUGCUUCGAGUGGAUGCGGAGCGGAUUCAGAGGCAAAUGCAAGAGGUGGCAGUUGGAAAUUACCGCGCGUUUAUCACCGCUGCAGAUGCUUUGCUUGCGAUCCGGCAGGAAGUAUCCUUCAUUGAUAAGCAUCUCGAGUCUCUGAUUGGUGAAGUCCCAAAACUAACGUCUGGUUGCACAGAGUUUAUCGAUUCUGCUGAGAAUAUCCUGGAGAAGAGGAAGAUGAACCAAGCUUUGCUGGCAAAUCACAGCACUCUUCUUGAUUUGCUUGAGAUUCCUCAGCUUAUGGACACAUGCGUGAGAAACGGAAAUUUUGAUGAAGCUCUUGACCUGGAAGCAUUUGUAUCUAAACUUGCAACCAUGCACCCCAAGCCUGAAACUUCAAGCUUUACUCUUAAGACUAAAUCUUCUCUCGAUGUCAAGAUUGCCAGUUAUCCAAGCACUUGCAGCGGAGUUACCAGAAUGUCUUCGGAUUAUUGGAUACCUACGCCGAAUAGGAGUAUUUGGCGAUUCUUAAGAUGCCGUGAGGCAUGGCUCACUGGAAUUCUUGAGGAUCUAGACCAGAAAAAUGCUUAUGAGUAUUUGAAAGGCAUGAUAAACUGUCACAGAAUGCACCUAUUUGAUGUGGUUAAUCAAUAUCGAGCUAUUUUUGCUGAUGAUACAUCGGGGAGUGAGGAAAAUUAUGAUGGUGGACUUCUGUUUAGCUGGGCCAUGCAUCAAAUAACAUCGCACCUGAAGACUCUGAAAGUUAUGCUCCCAAAGAUUACUGAAGGAGGGGCGGUUCUAAACUUAUUCUCCAAGAACAUGAGCACAGCAGUUGAGAAUUUUCAGUUAGUUUUGGAUUCACAUCGAUGGGUUCCAUUACCAUCUGUCGGCUUCCCAUCAAGCGGUAUUAAUGACGAUAGCAAAGACGACGUCACACCUCCAUCAUAUUUGAUGGAGCACCCGCCUCUUGCAGUAUUCAUAAAUGGACUUCAGGCUGUCUCUGACUCCUUGCUAAGAUACAACACAACUCGGAUGCUUCGACUCAAUGAAUCCAAUCUCUUCCUCUCACUUUGCCGAGCUUUCGUCGAGGUAGUUUUUCCACAUUGCGCCACAUGCUUUGGCCGGUGUUAUCCAGGUGGUGCCAGUAUCGUAAUGGAUGCCAAGAGCGCAUACGAGGGUUUAGGUCGCAUCUUAGCCGCUUCGUCCUCUCCAGAACCAUCCAGCAAACCAGCAAGGACCAGCAGCACUGACACAAAGAGUGCAUCAGAGAACGGUGUAACCUCCCAAGUCGAGGAAAAACAAGUCGAGAAUCCGAAUGAGAAAGAAGACAACAGUCCCAUCCCCUUGCAGAUUCCUGAGACAACAACACCCCACGAGUCUUGA